AUGCCACCUAAGAAGGACGCUUUCGCCGAUCUUUUCCUGUCAGCGACGGGAAAUUCACAGUCGCUGUCGCUAAAUUCCUCUCUUAACAAUCUUUCCCUCCAUGAUCAAAAACCAAAGCCACAGAAUGCUCCAUGGUCCAACCUCGAUAUCUUAUCGCCCCAAAUGGCCAGUCCACAAGAUACCAAGUCCAACACUCCGAAGCCCAAUGCAACUGAGUUUGAUCCGUUUUCGAUUUUUGACUCCAAGCUUGCUCUGUCGCCAUCUUUAUCUAGUUCUAUGAACCAUUCACCCAGCAUUUCCCAAGCCAGAGUUCUGCCUGGAAUUCAAACGAAUAAUGAAAAACACACUCGGCCAACCGGGGAGAUCUCUCUUUUGGAUGAUGAUUUUACUGAUGCAUAUGUUUCUCCUCCACCCGAGCCCCAGCCACUGCGGCAACCUCGGCCAGAUCGUGAUUUCCAGUCUGUUUCAAAGCCAAUUGCUCAUUCGGUUUCUCAGCCAGUUGCACCUACACCUGAAAGAGCCAAUAUUUCGACUCCAGCUCGCUCGCAGUCGGCACAGGCAAUGGAUGACAGAGAUACGGUAUUGGCAGAGCUAAUAGAUAUUGGAUUUCCUAUUGAGGUUGCCAACAGAGCCAUCGACGAAAUUGGCACGGACCUACAAGCAUGUGUCAAUCAUAUUAUGGGCGGUGGUCAAUCUAGAGGGUCGAACAGCCAACUGAGAAACAAGCAUAGAAAUGAAGAGCGCCAUUCCACCAUGUCUCCGGACUUAGGUUCGUCGUUGCAGGAUAUUUCCUCGGACAUCUUGAAGAAGGCAUCUUGGUUUCUCGACAAGUCAAAGAAGACCGUGAUCAAAAAUAUAAACCAGUUCCAGAACGGCCCUAUACGCGACAGCAAUAACUCAAUGCCUACUUGGAUGAAGAACCAGAGCAAAUACAAGGCUGGAGCCCUUGAAAGAAAAGGAAACGGAGAACUGUAUGAGGAUUACGGAGAAGACGAAGAUAACAUCAACUCAGACGAGAUUCAACGUAUAAUGCGGCAGCAGAGAGAACGUGAGGCUGAGAGACAGAGAGAGAGAUUGGAGAGUAUGAGUAAGUCGUCCUCGGGGAGAUCUUCUCGUAGCUCCAACACUCAAGCACGUUCUGAAGAACACGCUACUCUGGGUCGCAGUUCGCCAGCAGUAGCUCCAGGAAUACCUCCUAGACCUACUCUGACACCUAAUGUUCGUCGAAAUAGAUUGCAGCAACCAGCGGUUGAAUCUAGCAAGGUUGCUGCCACAAAACCUGUGGCUCCUCAACCCACGCCUGCUAGACCCAAGACGCAAGAGCUUGAGGUUGAUCUUCUUGGUCUUGGAAGUGUUCAACCACUUUCUAGAGCAGAGAGAUUCAAACAAGAUUCUGGUGAAGGUCAGACGUACGUUUCCCCCUCCAGACGGAGACCUAACAAGUCCACGAAGCAAAGGAACGCCACAGCGGAAACCUUGAAUGCGUUCCAGCAAUCUGACUUUGAAACUUUCAAGGUCAAAGCCACGACAUCUUUCACUCAGGGAGAUUACGGUGACGCCCUUAGUGCAUAUUCAAAAUGUCUUGAAGCAUUGCCUCCAAAACAUGAGCUUCGUAUUGUGAUUUACUCCAAUCUUGCAAUCACUCAAAUCAAGCUUGGAAAUUACAAGACCGCUAAGGAGCAGUGUGAAGAAGGUAUCCAACUUGUGGGCGAUAGUGCAGACGAUGCGGAGUGGGCAAUCAAUGAAAAGAGCAUAAAGUAUUGGUAUAUCAAAUUAUUGACGAGAAAAGCCGAAACUUUAGAGAUGCUCGAGUGCUUCCCUGAGUCAUUGCAAUGUUACAUGGAUUUGGUAACCAAACAUGGAGUCACAGACAAGAAAGUGAUGGAUGCAAAAAGAAGGAUCAAUAAUAUAGUCAAUCCUCCUAAACCAGUCCCAAAAGCACAGUCCAAGCAUGCCUCGCCAGCACCCAAUGUUCCACUCCCCAAUACUGAGCAAGUGCAAAAAAUCAGACAACAACAUCAGCAAGAAAAAUUACAAGAUGAAAUGAAAUUCAAGCUACAUGACCAGGUCCAUGACAGAAUCGCCGCCUGGACCAACGGAAAGGAAGAAAAUUUGCGGACUUUACUCAUGUCUUUGGACGAGGUGAUUCCAGCCAAACUUGGGUUUCCAUUUUUGCAAAAGAAGAUCACCAUUAGCGAUUUGAUGUUGACGAAGAAAGUCAAAAUCAACUACAUGAAGGUGAUCAGUAGCAUUCAUCCAGAUAAGUUGAGUAAAUUCGACUUGGAGGACCAAAUGAUUUGCCAAGCUGUUUUUGUUGCCUUGAACAAAGCUUGGGAUACGUUCAAGGAGCAGAACUCCUUGAAUUAG